CUGUACUUAUUUGUAGGCCAAGAAGGAACAGAAGAUGCCGAAUCGCAAUCAUCACAACGUGUUGGUGCCGGCCAUUCACCACCUCGAUCGCAAUUAACCGAAUCCAGUGCACUGCAUUAUGGAUCGGAAUUUGACGUUUCAAGUCAUAUUGGCAGUACGGCACUAUCGCAGCGAUCAGCCCCUCGACAUGUUCGAGCCGAUAUCAACUGUGCACCAUCGCAUCAUCGUACAAUUCGUAUCGAUAACAUGGAGGUAGGGCUCAAAUUCCUCAAUAAAAUUCAAGGCUGUCCAGAGAUCAAUCGUUAUAAUUUUGAUUUAAACUGUUUUACGCAUCGAAGGGAGGAAAUUUUGCUGAAAGACAAGUGA